CUCGGCUGAAUUGGAAAAAACCUGGCUCAUUCCUCUAGAAACUGACCUCAAUCGUCGGCGUCGACCACAUACAGCAGCACAAUGGCAAGCACAGUCAGUGCCGUCGUCUUUUCGCCGGCUCCGUAUCACAUCAUUACGUACGGAACCCUCUUGGGCACGUCAUUCUUCCACACCUUUAUCAAUGGCAUCGUCAUGAUUCGGACGGUUGACCGUCCUAGCUUCUCUGCCAUUCAGCAGAAGCUCUUCCCCAUCUACUUUGGCCUGCAGACCAUCCUGCCCGGCAUUCUCGCCCUGACAUUCCCCGGAAACUCUCUGAUUGGCCUCUCCAAUGGCCCUCGGGGACUAGUCACCGAGUUUGCGCGAUGGCACUCUCUGCUCCCAAUUGGGAUCAUGGCAUUGACCGGUGCCGUCAACUUGACCGUCUUCCUGCCUCUCACAACUGAGACUAUGAAGCAGCGCCGUGGUCAAGUCAAGCGAGAUGGCAAGGAGUGGUUCGCGGAUGGCCCGCACUCUGACGAGAUGAAGGCCCUGAACAAGCGAUUUGGCAUCCUGCACGGCAUCUCAUCCCUGAUCAACUUGACCACCUUCAUCGCCGCCGUCGCUUACGGCUUCACUCUGGGUGGUCGUGUCCUGUCCGUCGCGGACCUGGCUUAAUUUGUUGACUGAUGCAAUGUCUAUUAUCCAUGUCUAUGCAUGCUCUAUACUAGUACUCAAUGGCAACACUCGACUCGCUCCAAUUCUAGACCAUGCAUCCCUUUCCUCCGCCAUGCAAUGCAACAGUAACAAGUCCCGUAGGACAUCGUUGAUCGUAGUAUCAUGAUUCGUUCAUAAAAAAAUCUUUGGGUAUAACCUUUUAAACAAUGCGCCGGCUGUUCGCCAAGUCAAAAGCUCUCAGCUCAAGGUCGCCAUUGCUCAGAGGAAGUGCGAAGGUGUCCCUGGAACGCACGGAGGUCCUGCUUGGCCUUUUCAAAGUCUUGAUGGCGCUGGGCCUUGAUCUCCUCCUCGUUGUGUGCAGCAGGCUUGCCGCGUCGCUGAUUGGCCUCCAUCUGGCCCUGGAUGGUCCAACGGCCUGGAUGGCGUUCGAGCAUGGUCUGGACGUCGACCUCGUCCUGUGGCUUGGGGAAGUCGCGGAGAAGUGCAGGGAUAGGCUUGCUUGCGGCGUGGUGCUCAGAUUCGUCUGCCUUUAGACCGGGGGUCGACAAGGGGGAGGUCUCGCUGGACGACGUCUUGUCCACAGGAGCGUUGAAGUAGCUGUGAGAGUUGUUGGAAGUGGUCGACGAUUCGACUUGGUUGACAGUAGUGCUUCCCAUUUUGAGAGGUGGUGUCAAAUAUGGAUAGUUGAAGUGAUGGUGUUGCGAAAGUGAUGACGAGGGUCGGUCUCAACUCAGGGGCUUUGUUCCCUUUAUACGUAUGGAUGGAUGAUGAACUUGCAGCAAAGAAAAGAGUUUGCUUGCGGGUGAAAGGACAAAGCUGCUUGCUCUCCAACAACGGCCAGAUGUCGCGUGCCUGUGCUUUUUGUAUGUUCGGCCUUUCUCGGAGAAGCAGACAACCACGUCAACCUAGUUGUCAAAGG